AUGUAUGGAACUAAUCAUAAUGGACAAGAAUUUAUUGGUUCUGAAAGCUUGUUUGUGAGACAAUUGGUUAUUGAUGAACUGGUUUCUCAAUUUUACAAUCUUAUUAGAGUUUCAAAGAAGGUGUUUUAUUCGUUUCUCAUUGAUGAUUGUUAUGAUUUAUUGAUUGUAAAAUUGAUGUGGGAAAGUCUCUAUCAAUGUAUUAGAAAUCCUGAUAUAGUACUCUCCAACUCAAGAAUUUCUCUUGAUAUGAUUCAAAUACUUCCAGCAAGUCAGUACGUUCUUACUGAGCCUGUUUAUUCAGCAGUAUUGAGAUUGAGACAUGAACCAAUUUGGUUCUACCAAAUUUUUCUAACACAACCAAGUUUUGCAUUUCCAAGUUGGGUACAUGGAAAACGUUCGAAAAAACCAAAUCCCAUAUGGGAUGCACCAACAUAUUUGGAAUGGAAACAAUUCUUAAGAUUUAUUCAAAAGCAAAUCGCCAAAUACCCAGUAUUGAAAUCUGACAGAAAAUAUUACUCUAAUAUAUCUACCGAAUUUGAAUACAUUAAGGAAUGUGGAUUUGAUUCAGAUCAAAUUAUCAAAAUUGUUUACUUGGAUGAGAGUAUUCCUGUUGGCUCUGUAAAGGUGCUUCAAUCUAUUGAAUCCUCAACUAUUUUGAAGCAGAUGUUAAAUAAGAAUGGAAAAAAUUCUGCUGAAAUUUGUUGCAAUACUAAUGACCUAUUUUCAUCAGUGCAAUACAGAAUAUUAGAGGAGAUGUUUUGGAUCUUAUUAUGGGAAUUCAAAAAAACAAACUUUCACAAUUAA